AUGGAUCGCUACACUCAAGUGGAGAUCAAGCAUGGGAGGGUGGCCAUGAUCGCAACUGUUGGCUACAUCAUGCCUGAGAUCUUCCGGUUUCCUGGCUGCGAGGCCUUCAAGCACGGCUUGGGCGCUUUGGAGUCCAUCCCUAUGGAGGGCUGGAUUCAGCUGGUGGCUCUGAUCGGCGCACAUGAAGUGCUGGUGAAGCCUCGGCAAGGUGGCAUGGGCCCCUCGGACUUCGGCUUGGGCACCGAAUUGCUGGACGGCAUCGAGGACGAGGAGCUGGAGCGCAAGCAGACCGUUGAGCGCAACAAUGGUCGUUUGGCCAUGGUUGCCAUCAUGGGACUGAUGGUGCAGGAUGGCAUGUUCGGAGAGCCUCCUCUGAGCUACAUGUCCAAGAAUGGCUGGUGGGGCGAGCCGGUCCAGUGGUACGUCCAGCACAUCAACAACUGCCAGUCCUUCACUGGCGCCGUGGUGGACAAUGCCGCUGUCUGCGCUUUGCCACGCCGCACCGGCCGAACCACGCUCCGUGCUGGCACCAAGUUGAGCGAGGGGCCAUUCAUUGAGACUGAGACCUACCCAAAGGAGAUGGAGAUGUCUGCGUCCGUGCCAUUCCUUCGCUAUCCGCAGGUGUUGAAGGGCUGGGUCGGUGAGGAGAAGGGCUUCGACCCUUUGGGCGUCACCGAUGCUCUCCCCGUCUACUGGGUGCGUGAAGCGGAGCUCAAGCACGGACGCGUCUGCAUGCUGGCCACCGUAGGCUGGAUCGCCACUGACAUGGGCUUCCGCUUCCCAGGCGACAAGUUCCAGGCCGUGUCCAAUGCCUUUGAGGCUCAUGACAAGAUGGUGGAGGCUGGCUACAUGCUGCCCUUCCUUGGUGCUAUUGGCACCGUCGAACUCUACUCUGGAUGGCUCCUCUAUCAGGGCUGGUUGAAGGAGGUGAACCGGGAUGCUGGAGACUUCUUCGUGGGCAAGAAUUUCCUGCCCAAGGAGCCUGAGAAGGAGAAGGACAUGCGAUUGAAGGAGCUCGAGAACGGCCGUUUGGCCAUGUUCGCCUUCAGCGGCAUUGUCACCCAGGCUGCCAUCACUGGCAAGACCUGGCCCUUCAUGUCCGAGCUCCAGCGCUUGGAGCCCGCGGCCGUGCCCGUGGGGCCCGCGGCCGCGGCGGCCUCCAGCUCGGUGGCAGCUCCGAGGAAAUCCUCAGAAGUGCCAGAAAGCGAAGGCGCCCAUGAGACGCCGACGGCUUCCUGGGAGCAACGGGUCUUGGAAUCCCUGGCGGCGCAGUGCGGCGGCCCAGCCUUGAAGGAGUUCGCCCAGGCAGAAAAGGCGAAGGAGCUGAAGCGGACGUUGAGGCCCAGGCGCUCCAAGGAUGGUGCCCGCGUGAUUUCGCGAGCUUCUCUUUGUGCUCUUUGA